AUGCUUUCAAUAGAAAAAGAAAAUUCUAGAGUUGCUACAACUAAACCAUUAGAUGAACUUUUUACUAAUGUCGGUCAAAAGUUUGAGACAGAGACCGUAAAGCAUGAAGGCUAUCGUUUUGACUACCCGUUAAGAUGGUUAAGAGACCCAUCCGUCACAAAAGCUAUUGGCUUUCGUAGAAUGAAGUUCAUUUCAGAAGCCAUACAUGGUUUCCCAUUUACAGUCGGUUUUGAAGUUCGAUACUAUAACAAAGAAAAACGUACGUAUGAGAAAUUUGAACAGGGAAAACUUUUACAAGUUAGUUUGCUUGUAAACUUAGAAACAACUUUCAAGCUUUUCAAAAAAAAUAAACGAUAUCUAUAUCGAAUAGCAAACCAGUAUAACAUUGACGAAGGAGAAUACCAUCUCGAUAUUAUUUAUGACAGGAAAAAUGCAACU